GGAGGGGGGGAUAGUAGGUGCACCUUGGUCCUAAUGUUAAAUUGUGGGCCGGCUCAGUUUAUCAUUUAGACUUGAAAUAGAAGAAUUUCAAGCUGUUUUAAGAGGUGACAAGGGUUUAAAGUGUCAAAUUUAGGUAUAUUGAUAUAGCAACCGUGAGGGGAGCACGUAAAAGCAACUGCAUAGGCGCCAGUGGCGAGCUAGCAUUAAGACCGGGGGGUACACUGUAAUUUACGUGGCCGGCGUAGAUUUCCUGGUUCGGACGAUACAGGAUAUCAUGGUCCCCUGGUGAUAUACGCAGUAAGGAGUUGAAAGUAUGAGGCCAUGGAGCUGGGAUGGCCAAAAUCCUGUGGUCCGCUUGUGACAGCAGACAAGGACAAGCGACGCGCUGUCCCGGCUUAUCCGAUCCCAAGCCAAGCGCCAAGCUUCAUCCCACUCAAGAACACCAGCAAUUGACACUACAACACACACAAUAUCAACCAACAUGACAUUGUUCGAGCUUUCCAAAGGCUUGGAGGAUAUUGUCAGCUUUUGUUCAAGAUCAUGGCCUCCAAAACCUUGACGAAGGUCUCGCGAUUCGUCGGCAGUGCAGGUACCAAUUCCCAUUUCGAGGUUUUUAUUUUCUCGGACUACAUCUACCACUUUGCUGGACUGGACUAUUGUGAACUUCGACACGUACUUGAACCUUUGACGGAUCGUCGCCGCGGAGCCAAAACAAUCGAGCAAACAAGCUAACAGAAUCUUAUUUCAGCCGGACUAGAAAAGACGCUACGUCUCCUGCAAUCGUGUUCGCAAGUGGUAGCAGCGCAUUAUUCACUCCCAAUUGCUGCUUCACCAUGGCUUCGAGCUCGCUCACAGCUGGCCCUCGGACGGCGCUAUCUUCGUGUUUUGAAGUUCAUCGAUGCUUUUGUGCUUGCUUUCGAGGCCUUAUCGAUGCAUAGUGAUCUUGUUGCGGUGCUGGAGUUCGGCAAGUGGAGUUGUCUGGGCAUGUUCCUCUUUUUGGAAAGCUGUACCAUUCUGGAUGCCAUGGGAGUUUAUCAAACAUAUUGGGCUGCCGGGUUAUUUGUUGAGGCCAUGAAAUUUUGGUUCUUUUCCUUGACUUUGGGAAUCUUUCUGGCACUAAUGGAGCUCUGGGAUAUGAGUGGGCAAGGACCAGUAGUGCGCGAGGGAGACGAUGGAGAGAACAGAAAAGAUGGAACCAUAGUCGCGCAAGACCAGGAUUCAAGAGCGAGGGAGAGAAGUUUAAAGAGAUGGAACGUUGUGAAGAAGAUAGUGAUUGAUGUGUGUGAUUUGUCAAUUCCGGGAUCGAUCACUGGAUGGCUGACGGUAUCUCCUGGCAAUGCAGGGAUGUUGUGUAUUGUUAGUACGGCACUUACAGGGUUGGAGAUAUGGGACAGAAUCUAG